AUGUCAUCAGACCUAGUCAGCAAGAUCCAGCAACACACACAGUCAAAUGUGACUCCAAACUUUGUUAAAGCUGUGGAAAACUUGGCCAAAGCGCACGCUCAUGAUGUGCACAAGUUUAUCAAUGCAUGCAUGGCCUUGGGUAAGUUUAAAGGACAAGAUGAGUUUCUGAGACAGCUCCACUCAGAAAUGACAGCCACUACUGAGAAUGCGGUAGAUUCGAUCGAGGUUUCGAGGUCAAAACCGUUCUUUUCGCGUGAAGCCAAGCAGUCCAAGCCGUCCAUUCGCAGCAUAAGGAACAGGAGAAGUAGGGGUUUACAAUUCAAUGAAGGCGAUGAAGAUGAUGAUGAAAGCGCAAAAAUACAGCAAACAUCUUCUUUACCACCACAACCUCAACUUCAGACUGCAAAGCCACUGCUUUUCAAGAAACUAAGUAAAACUAAAGCUCAAAGAUUAAAGGAGUUUCCUGAGACAAAAACCGAGUCGGCCAAGACAGCUCCAUCUACUUCAUGUUCACCUCUUACGGCUGCUGUACCUGAGCUUGUCACCUUCAAGAAGUCCACGCCAGAAACUGAUCUUUCAGUCAAGAAGGAGAUUGAUGAUAAUCUUCCCAUUUCAGACAACGACGAAGAUAGCGCAAAUGACAGUCAAGUGCUGGAAGAAGAUCGGGACUGGUACAACCACGAUGAUUAUUAUAGUACUGAGGUACUUGACGCCCAAGAUAGUGAACAUGCCAAAAUGUGGAAAGGCGAAGGCAGCGAUAGGCGAACAAACAGAAAAAAUGAUAAUGGCCGUGAAACAAAUUCCCAAGUUCACAUUUCCACCAUGCCAUUAAGUCAGCGAAAAGAAUUUGUGCCUCCCUUUCUAUCGAAAUACGCUGCCGAUCCUGCUGUUUCUGGUGCGAUUGGCGGUAUAACAGACUCACAAGAUCCUUCAAGCCGCAGAGUGAUAGAUCCAAUUCGCAACGCAGAAAGCGACUUUUCGUCCAGCGCUAAAAAGGGAAGUCGCUAUGUCGCUGAAAGACGCAACAGGGAGGUUGUCAAGUCCAAAAUGCAAGAAACAGCAGCUUUGGAUGGAACCGCAAUUGGUCAGGUAAUGGGUGUUCCAGAGGGAAACAAAACUUGUUCAACUACUGACGUAGCUCAGGCGGAUCCAGCUAAAAUCUCCGAGACUUCAAGUGACAUCCAGGCAGCCAGAAAAUCUUUACCUGCCUUCAAGGUACGAUCUGAACUUCUCCAGAUGAUCAGAGAUAAUCAAGUCGUCAUUGUCAUUGGUGAAACAGGUUCGGGGAAAACAACACAGCUAGCACAAUUUUUGAAGGAAGAUGGAUAUUGCCAAGACGGCCAUAUGAUAGCAUGUACACAACCUCGUCGGGUUGCAGCAAUGUCUGUGGCCACAAGAGUUGCAUUUGAGAUGGGCGUUAAGUUAGGUAAUGAAGUGGGCUAUUCAAUAAGAUUCGAGGACAAAACAAGUGAACGCACCAAGAUCAAAUUCAUGACGGAUGGUAUUCUGUUGAGGGAAACCAUCACAAGUAGUACACUUGAAAAAUACAGCUGCAUAAUAAUGGAUGAAGCUCAUGAACGCUCUCUCAACACAGACAUCUUGUUUGGUAUCUUUAAGAAUCUACUUCUUGCACGCAGGGAUCUAAAACUCAUCAUAACAUCGGCUACAAUGAAUGCCGCUAAGUUUUCUCAGUUUUUCGGCUCCGCUCCAAUGUUUACAAUUCCUGGACGGACUUUCCCGGUGCAGACCAUAUUUUCCAGACAUCCUGUCAGUGACUACGUCGAAUCCGCAAUAAUCCAAGCAAGCAAAAUACAUUUGUCCACCCCGGUUUCGAGUGGUGACAUUCUCAUUUUCAUGACGGGCCAAGAAGACAUCGAAGCUACAUGUGAAGGUUUGUAUGAGAAGCUUUCAGAAAUUUCAGCCAAAAGAAAACUAGAGACCUCAAACUUGACAGAAGUUGAUGACAUUCUUAUAUUACCGAUUUACUCAGCGUUGCCUGCUGACAUCCAGGGAAGAAUUUUUGUUCCAGCACCUAACAAACGAAAGGUUGUAGUGGCCACAAAUAUAGCGGAAACAUCUUUGACCGUUGACGGUGUCAAAUACGUCAUUGACUGCGGCUAUUCGAAACUGAAGGUAUACAAUCCACAAAUAGGGAUGGACAGUUUGCAAAUGGUACCCAUAUCAAUGGCUAGUGCCAACCAAAGAUCAGGAAGAGCUGGGCGUACGGGCCCGGGUAUUGCGUACCGGCUGUACACAGAGGAUUCUUUCUUUGACGACAUGUAUGUUCAAACAAUACCUGAAAUUCAAAGGACGAACUUGUCGAACACGUUGCUGCUAUUGAAGUAUCUGGAUUUCAGUGAUCUAAUGUCUUUCCCAUUCGUUGACCCGCCCCCGGAGCAGAUCAUGGUGUCUUCAUUAUUUGAAUUAUGGACUGUUGGGGCGCUCAACAACUUUGGAGAGCUAACGAACUUAGGACGACAAAUGGCAGCAUUUCCCUUACAGCCAGCAUUAUCCAAGAUGUUACUUAGCGCCUCUCAGAAUGGGUGUAGCAAAGAAAUGCUGAUUAUUGUCUCCAUGCUAUCGGUUCCCCAGAUUUUCUACAGGCCAAAAGAAAGACAAGAAGAGUCGGAUCAAGCUAGGACUAGAUUCUUUGUACCUGAAUCAGACCAUUUAACGCUACUGAAUGUUUACGCACAAUGGAAAGCCAACAAUUUUUCUUCGGCUUGGUGCAGGCGUCAUUUUCUUCAGUUCAAAUCCUUACAAAGAGCGAAGGAUGUACAAGGUCAGUUGUCCAUGCUGAUGGAGAAAAGAGGUGUACCUAUAGUCUCUUCAGGUACUGACUGGGACGUCAUUAGAAAAUGCAUAUGCUCCGGAUAUGCCCAUCAAGCAGGUAGACUAUCUGGCUUGAGCAAAUUUGUCAAUCUAAGAAACGGUGUCGAAAUGCGUAUACAUCCAGCCAGCGCACUUUUUGGCGCCGGCGAUUUGCCCUCUUAUGUCAUCUUUCAUGAAAUGUUGCUCACGACUAAUGAAUACAUCAAUAUGGUAACCGCUGUGGAUCCAUUCUGGCUGAUGGAUUAUGGGCUACUGUUUUACAACGUGAACAGGAGGAAGGACGAAGGAGAAGAUCUGGGCAUUUACGCUAAGGAUGGCCAUCAGAAUGUGAAAGACAGCGUUGACUUAGCCAUAGAGCGAGCAGUGAUGAAAAAGGAACUCGUCAAACGACAACUGAUCAAAGAUCGAGAAACGGCAAUCACACAAACUGAUAAUGUAGCACUGAGUGCAAGGCUGAAAAACGGCAACCAUGAGAUCAAGUCAAAGGUUGGAUUUAAAAGAAGAAGACCCUGA